CUGAUAGGUUAAAACUGCCUGCCGGUGAAGACCCGGUUUGGUCCUACAGUAGCGAAAGCUAAGAAAAAAUGGUGGCCGAGGAGCGUGUUUCCCAGAAGAAGAAGGAUUAUCGCAAGCGCCUGGCGCAGUAUCUGCAGACUUAUGACAAGGCGUUCAUUGUUAACGCGGACAAUGUGGGCUCCAAGCAGUUCAUGGACAUCCGCAAGGCUCUUCGCCCCAACAGCGUCAUCCUGAUGGGCAAGAACACGAUGAUGCGGUAUUGCGUUGAGAAGUACCUGGAGGAGACCGGCGACCACCGCUGGGAGUGCCUCGUGAAGCCUGGCAAGAAAGGCCUGCUGGAGGGCAACGUCGGCAUCGUGUUCACCAAUGGCGACCUCAGCCAGGUCAAAGAUGAGAUUGCCAAGUACAAGGUCGGUGCCCCAGCUCGCGUGGGCGCCACCGCUAACGAGGACGUCGUCAUUAAGGCCGGCGGUACCGGCAUGGAUCCUUCCCAGACGUCGUUCUUCCAGGCCCUGGGCAUUGCCACGAAGAUUAACAAGGGUACAAUUGAGAUUGUGUCUGACGUGGUCGUCGUGAAGACUGGUGACCGUGUUGGCGCGUCUCAGGCUACCCUGCUGGCCAAGCUGGGGAUCAAGCCCUUCAAGUACGGCCUGCAGAUCCUCAAGGUGAUCGAGUCGGGUGCUGUGUACGACCCCAAGGUCAUGGAGAUCACGGACGAGGAUAUUCUGUCUUCGGUCAUGACCGCCAUCCGCGAGGUGUCAGCUCUGUCCCUGGGUGCCAGGUACCCCACUCUGGUCGCUGCCCCUCACGUCAUCAUCGACGGCUACAAGAACGUGCUGGCCAUUGCUCUCGAGACCGACUACACCUUCCCGCUGGCUCAGAAGGUCAAGGAUUACCUUGCGGACCCGUCCAAGUUCGCCGCCGCGGCUGCCCCGGCUGCUGGCGCGGCCGCCGCUGCCCCGGCUGCCAAGGAGGAACCGAAGAAGGAGGAGCCCUCUGAGGAGGAGGAUAUGGGCUUCUCGCUGUUUGACUAAGUUCUCCUUUGGGAUGCGGUGAUGGAACAAUGGUUCUGCGAGCUGCCGUCUUGUAUCGGAUGUCCUUCUGCAGAAAGUUGGAAUCAGUUCUCUGAUGGCAUGUUCACGCUGUAAGCAAUGACGCAACCUUAGAUUCUCACCAUGUACCGCACGUGCAACGAAUGGGUUCAUUUCCAAGGCGGAAUAACAGCAUGUCACUUAGCCUAGUUGGGCCAGUCAGGCCCAAUGAACCCGGAUUCCUGGACCCUAGCUACGAGUUGACACAUGAAAAACGCUGCCAAUCAUAUAAACAAAAGUAAUUUUUUUUCGCUGGCUUGCCGGAUGCAAUCACCAGUCCGCCAGCGUGUAACGUGUAUGACAA